AUGCGGUUUGUGGGUGUUAAGAAUUGCUUUCAAUCGCUGACUUUUUUUUUCUUUUUUACCCCCCCACCCCUUCCUCCUCGCUAUUUCUCGCCUGCAGCAGGUUCAGGGAGAGGUACUGAGCAAGAGCUCGGAGACUCUCCCAAGGCGAGCGUGUCUUUCGGUACCGGUCAGUGUAAAUGGUUCAAUGUUCGCAUGGGAUUCGGCUUCCUCUCCAUGACCGCUCGGGAUGGAGUCCCUCUCGAUUCGCCGAUCGAUGUCUUUGUCCACCAGAGCAAGCUGCACAUGGAAGGCUUCCGCAGUUUGAAAGAGGGAGAACCAGUGGAGUUUACGUUUAAGAAAUCUUCCAAAGGUCUGGAGUCGAUACGGGUAACGGGUCCAGGUGGCACCUCCUGCAUUGGGAGUGAAAGGAGGCCUAAAGGGAAGAACAUGCAAAAACGAAGGCCAAAGGGAGACAGAUGUUAUAACUGUGGUGGUUUAGAUCAUCACGCCAAGGAAUGUAAACUAGCCCCCCAACCUAAGAAGUGCCAUUAUUGCCAAAGCAUCGGCCACAUGGUGGCCAACUGCACAAUCAAAGCUGCCCAGCAACAACAAUCUGCCAGUUCUCAGGGAAGACAGGAAAGCAAACCGACAACAGGGCCCUUGACGUCAUCCCCCUCACCCACUACACCACAAGAAGUGGGAGGAGAGCACAGCACGGCCCUACUCUUGGAAGAGACGGGGGAGCACUUGGAAAAGCUGCUUCCAGAAACUUAUGAAAGCGCCCUGCGAGAGUUCGCCGAGGAGCCAAGUAGGCAAAGCUCGAAUUUUCAGAAAAGAAAAAAGACCUGA